GUCGUGAGGGCCCUAAUGCUCCCCCAGGGGAUCUUGGGGGCAGGUGUGCUCAGCCCUAGGACUGGGAGUUGGGGCCGCUCAGGACUGGCAGAGGCUCAUCCCUGUCUGGGAGAUGCUAGAAAAGUGCUCAGCCUGAACCUUUGUUAGGUUGAGCCAUGGGAUGUUCCAACACAGGACCAUUUUAACCAGCAGAACUGGCCGUUUCUCCGGCUGGUGGGUUUGUACCUGGUCCAGGCCUGCUAAAACAACAAUGACAACUACAACAAACAAAAAAAUAGCCAGGCGUUAUGGUGGGUGCCUGUAGUCCCAGCUACUUGGGAGACUGAGGCAAGAGAAUCGCUUAAGCCCAAGAGCUGGAGGUUGCUGUGAGCUAUGACGCCAUGGCACUCUACCCAGGGCGACAUAAUGAGACUCUGUCUCAAAAAAAAAAAAAAAAAAAAGAAAAGAAAAGAAAAAGAAGAAAUGGCAGUUUCUUAUGUUUUAAUAUAGUACUUUGGGUAUUUUUAAACUAACAAAAAUAAAGGGAGUAAUAAGCUCAGGCCACCCGCUACUGAGCUUCAGCAGGGAUGGACACGGCUCCUGUGUGUCCCUGUACGUGAAGCCGCCCCAGCACCAGAGUAUUCUGCAGAGGUUUCCGCACGGGCUUCUGAAGGAGGACUCUUUCUUCCCUGAAAAUUAAAUACCUGCAGGUAUCUGCAUGCGCCCUUGCUUAUGUGUCUGUUUUUAUACAUAGAAAUCCAACUUUCACCUGUCACAUGGACAGAACCUAAAUGCUUGAUGACACCCAUGUUGACAGGUGACGGCUCACCCACAUUAUGGGCAUGUAUGUCAGCCCAUCUCUGCAAGGCAGUUUGGCAACAGCUAUCAAUAGUUCAAAUGGUUAUACUUUUCAAUUCAGUUAUUCUCAAAAAUACUUUUCAAUUCAGUUAUUUUCAAAACAAAAUGAGACUAUAACCUGGAGAGAUAUCUGCAAAAGUACGUACGUGCCCAGGAAUUCUCAUUUCAUCAUUUUUACAUUAGCAUAACACUGGCAGCAACGUGAGGGCCUCUAAUGGAGACUAUGCUGUGUCCAUACUGUGGGGUCCUGCGUGGCUGUCAAGGAGAGCAAGGACCACCUUCCUUCACCUUCGAAACAUGUUUUAAGCCAAAGAGGGAGGUACACAAGUGAAUAGUACACUGUCACUUACACUUUGGUUUUUUAGAAGGGACACCGUGUGUGUGGUGUGCACAUGCGUCUCAGGGUCCUGGGAGGAGGCAAGAGAAAUCCCAGUGGCAAGGUGGUGUCCAGCACAUGGGGACGAAGGGGUUUGUACAUCUCAUUUCACACUGUUGUACUAUUUGCAUUUGUAGCAGGAGAGAAUAUAUCUUUUAUUUCCCCCAGGACAUGGGGAGUCUGCCAAUGACACUGCCGAAAAGGCUGUCUGCGUCAACCCUGUCUGUCUGCAUCAGCCAUGUCUGUCCAUGUCUGCCCUGUCUGUCUGCAUCAGCCCUGUCUGUCCAUGUCUGCCCUGUCUGUCUGCAUUAGCCCUGUCUGUCCAUGUCUGCCCUGUCUGUCCAUGUCUGCCCUGUCUGUCUGCAUCAGCCCUGUCUGUCCACGUCUGCCCUGUCUGUCUGCAUCAGCCCUGUCUGUCCACGUCUGCCCUGUCUGUCUGCAUCAGCCCUGUCUGUCCACGUCUGCCCUGUCUGUCUGCAUCAGCCCUGUCUGUCCACGUCUGCCCUGUCUGUCUGCAUCAGCCCUGUCUGUCCACGUCUGCCCUGUCUGUCUGCAUCAGCCCUGUCUGUCCACGUCUGCCCUGUCUGUCUGCAUCAGCCCUGUCUGUCCACGUCUGCCCUGUCUGUCUGCAUCAGCCCUGUCUGUCCACGUCUGCCCUGUCUGUCUGCAUCAGCCCUGUCUGUCCACGUCUGCCCUGUCUGUCUGCAUCAGCCCUGUCUGUCCAUGUCUGCCCUGUCUGUCUAUGUCUGCCCUGUCUGUCUAUGUCUGCCCUGUCUGUCUGCAUCAGCCCUGUCUGUCCACGUCUGCCCUGUCUGUCCAUGUCUGCCCUGUCUGUCUAUGUCAACCCUGUCUAUCUGCGUCAACCCUAUCUGUCCGCGUCAACCCUGUCUGUGUCAACCCUGUCUGUCUAUGUCAGUCCUUUCUGUCCAUGUCUGCCCUGUCUAUCUACAUCAGCCCUGUCUGUCCAUGUCUGCCCUGUCUGUCUACGUCAGCCCUGUCUGUCCAUGUCUGCCCUGUCUGUCUGCGUCAGCCCUGUCUGUCCAUGUCUGCCCUGUCUGUCUGCGUCAGCCCUGUCCAUCUGUGUCAGCCCUGUCUGUCAAUGUCUGCCCUGUCUGUCUGCGUCAGCCCUGUCUGUCAAUGUCUGCCCUGUCUGUCUGCAUCAGCCCUGUCUGUCCAUGUCUGCCCUGUCUGUCUGCGUCAGCCCUGUCUGUCAAUGUCUGCCCUGUCUGUCUGCAUCAGCCCUGUCUGUCUGCGUCAGUCCUGUCUGUCCAUGUCUGCCCUGUCUGUCUGCGUCAGCCCUGUCUGUCCAUGUCUGCCCUGUCUGUCUGCGUCAGCCCUGUCUGUCAAUGUCUGCCCUGUCUGUCUGCAUCAGCCCUGUCUGUCCAUGUCUGCCCUGUCUGUGUACGUCAGCCCUGUCUGUCCAUGUCUGCCCUGUCUGUGUACGUCAGCCCUGUCUGUCUGCGUCAGCCCUGUCUGUCCAUGUCUGCCCUGUCUGUCUGCGUCAGCCCUGUCCAUGUUUGCCCUGUCUGUCUACGUCAACCCUGUCUGUGUCAACCCUGUCUGUCUGCGUCAGCCCUGUCCAUGUCUGCCCUGUCUACGUCAACCCUGUCUGUCUGCGUCAACCCUGUCUGCGUCAGCACUGUCUGUCCAUGUCUGCCCUGUCUAUGUCAACCCUGUCUGUCUGCGUCAGCCCUGUCCAUGUUUGCCCUGUCUGUCUACAUCAACCCUGUCUGUCUACGUCAACCCUGUCUGUGUCAACCCUGUCUGUCCAUGUCUGCCCUCCCUGUCCAUGUCUGCCCUGUCUGUCUACAUCAACCCUGUCUGUCUGCGUCAACCCUGUGUGCGUCAGCACUGUCUGUCCAUGUCUGCCCUGUCUGUCUAUGUCAACCCUGUCUGCUGGCUGUCAUUCCCACUGUCUGUCAGGAGAUCAGUAAGCUCGCCCUGAGACUUAAUUUGCCAUAAGCAUGUUAUAGCCUCAGCUCUUAGUUUUGUUUUAAAAUAAGAGAUGUUGCUUUUUUGUGGGAAGGGGAGAAUUAGAAAUCAUGUAAUAUAAAAUACACAAAUAAGUUAUUCAUGAUUUUAACUAGGUAAGAUGAAUACAUACCAAAAGGACAAAUAUUUAUAAACACUAAAUUAUAGACUCCCAUUUCCAUCAAUACUCUGAAGCUAAAGUAUUAAAAAACUGCUAAAGCCAUGGCAAUGCCUGUGGCUCAGUGGGUAGGGUGCCGGCCCCAUAUACCGAGGGUGGUGGGUUUGAACCUGGCCCCGGCCAAACUGCAACAAAAAAUAGCCGGGCAUUGUGGCGGGUGCCUGUAGUCCCACCUACUUGGGAGGCUGAGACAAGAGAAUUGCUUGAGCCCAAAAGUUUACGUUGCUGUGAGCUAUGACGCUAGAGCACUAUACCGAGGGUGACAAAGUGAAACUGUCUCAAAAAAAAAUAAAAAAAGAACAAACAUACAGAACCUGUCUUGUUUGUAACCUGAGGACUGCCUGUACACAAGGCAAGUGCCAGCCUUCCCUGCCUACUGGAUUUGGUGUUUGUGUGAAUCCCCCAUGUGACUUGGGCUUGGGGACGUCCUCCACUUGGGUUAUUUGAGUGCUUCAGUGGGGCCCUUCUCCAGCUGGGCUCUGUAGCAGCCUUUCCCUAACUCAGGGGCACGUGGAAGCUUCUUAAUGACCCUGAGCCACUGUUGCAUUUUCGAGUUUUCAUUCUUGUUCUCACUCUUUGAUGCCUGUACCUUCUACCACUGUUGACCUCAUUGCCAGCAUGCAGCCCCCAGAGCUGCAGGUGCCGUGGACGAGGGCACAGGUUUAGAACCAGCCUGGACCAGGCACCUGGUCCUGUUGACCUUGGGCAGGGUUUCAGCCUUUCUUAACCUCAGCUUUGUCCUCUGUAAAGCAGAUAAAAUCACCUGCCUUGAAGGCUCAGUGAUGCUCAAUAAAUUAAUGAUUAUUAGACAAUGUUUAAAUUUUUUUCAGAUGAGUGGCUGAGGAAGGCAAAGAAUGGCUUGCUCCUGUGUUUUAGGGAGGCAUAUAUUUGAAUAAAGGAAAUGAUCAAAAGAAAUCCAUGCUGGACCCCAAGCCACUGCACUGCUGGCCGGUUUGCGGACAUCGGGCCUGGUACUGUGUACAGUUCCCACCGCAGGUGAUGGGCCCUGAGACCUGCUGAAGAAGGCCGCCCGCCCCUGGGCACCGGCCGCCCGGGGAGGAUGUGCCUUUCGCUGGACCUGCUACGGGUCCUUUAGGUGUCCUUCUAGAGCAUCCGAAUGGAGAAUUGACCUGUGUCUGUCGUCUCUGUGGACCUCAGCUCCUCCUUCCUUCCCAGCCCUCACCAGGCUUUGUAGGCAGGGUCCCCAGAGGAGAGGGUAACAACCUGCCCAGAGACAGUUUCCUCCUGUCCUCGCGGCAGCCAGUCACGGAAACCUCUCCCCCAUAUAAAGGAAGUGUUCCCUCGUGCCCCGCCCCGAACCCAGAGCUCCCCAUGACAGUUCGGGAGACCGCCACGGCCCACCCUUGCGUACCGUCCACAGGUGGCUCCAGCUUGGUUGAGACAAGUGACUCAACUUGUCUUGGUGGUUCCUUGUUCACCUGUCAGGAGGUGGCUGAAGUUGUGUCUCUGAUGUCCUCUGUGGCUGUAGAUGAGAGCCCAGGCAUGGCUUGGCAGAGUGGAUGCUUCGUGGCUGACAUGCUUAGGGCAGGACAGUGCCGACAUUUCUGAGCGUAUCUGCUCCCCACGGCUGAGUCGUGGUUUCCAGCAGCAUGACCUGCAGGUCGUUUGGAGGGAAAGCUGGGAGACAGAAGGGGUGCCCGGCUGUGGCUGUCAUCGCUGGAACGAGUGGGCUGUAUGUUGUCAGACUGCCACAAAGAUAGAGCUUUGAAAAGUAUCUUUCUAAAAAGUUCAGAAUUGCCUCGUAGUGGCCUUGGACCCUCACACCCCUCCUGCACCUGCGGGUUACCCCAUGUGCCCAUCUCCUUGGAGGCAUUUGCCAUGUGGAGAGGAGGGCAUGGCUUUGUGACAAGCUUGCACCCCGUCAGGGAGUGACCCACAGAGGAUGACAAGGUGUGACCUGCGGAAGGACAUGAACGCGGCUGAGUUGCCAGCUCCCCAGGGUGCCCUCCCAGACCUAAGGAGCCUGGGUGGCGAGGGUUCCUCUCAGAGGUGGGGGGGCCGUGCCCUCCUGUGCCCUUGCUUUCUAUUUUUUGGGAAAUAGCUUUGCUGAGUUAAAACUCACCAUUUGAAGUGUUCAGUUUAGUGGUCCUAGCUCUGUUGGCAACCUUCACCACAGACUUAAUUUUGGAGCAUUUUCACCCCCUAAAAAACCUCUGCACCCAUUAAGUCGUCACUCCCUACCCCCAUCUCACCAGCUCCCAGCAGCCACUCACCCACUCUGUCCCUUUGACUCUGCCUGCUCUGGACAUUCCGUGUAAUCAGGAUCACCGUGGCAUGAGGCUCCAUCUAUGUGGUGGCCUGUGCCAUGCCUCAGCCCUUGUUAGGAUCAAAUAGCAGUCCACUGUACAGACAGGUUAGCGGAGGCUGGGGCUGUUUCUGCUGCUCAGCUGUCAUGAAUGACGCUGCUGUGAGCUCCAUGUGCGAACCUUCACAUGGCUGUGUGUUUUCAGCUCUGUUGGGUAUACGCCUAGGGCUGAAAUGGCUGUGUCACUAGUAACUCAGGAACCGCCCAACUGUUUUCAAAGCACCUGCCACAUUUUAUGUUCUCACCAGAAGUGUGUGAGGCCCCCAGUUCCCCAUGUCCUCACCAACACCGUUAUGGUCCGUCUCACUCUGUCACCUGGCUAGAAUGUCCUGGUGGCAUCACAGCUCACAGCUGGGCUAAAGUGAUCCUCCUGACUCAGCCUCCCAAGGAGCUGGGACUACAGGCACCACCCUGGCUAAUUUUCCUGUUUUUGGUAGAGAUGGGAUCUCACUGUUGCUCAAACUAUUCUUGAACUCCUGACCUCAAGCAAUCUUCCCAAAGCACUGGGACCACAGGCAUGAGCCACUGCACCCAUCCGUUCACCUUUCUGAUAAAGCCAUCCUAGUGGGUGGAGGCGCCAUCUCACUGGAGUCUUGAUUUGCAUUUCCUGAUAACUAAUGGAAUUAAGCACUUUUAAAUGUGUUUUUUACCUAUCUACCAAUAAUCUUUGGAGAAAUGUCUAGUUAGAGACUUUGCCCAUUUUUUAAUGGGGUUAUUUGUCUUUUUAUUCUUAUGCCUUCUUCUUGAAGUCAGUGAACUUGAACACUGGAUUAAAGCAACAUGGCUGACAGGUCCUUGCAGGGUGGAGUCUGCCUCUGACAGAUGGCCUUUUCUGUGACCCUGAGUCUGUGCCCUCAGGCCCCUUGGACCUUCCAUGGCUGCAUGACCAAGCUUGUGCCCUCCCUCCCUCCUGGGCCUAGGGGGAUGGCUGUCGGGAAAGAGAACCCAGCUGUGCCCACCCUCCCACCCCCCUGGCAGGUGUUAAAUUCAUGUGCUGGAUUCUGGUGGCCCUACUUUCCCCUUUCUGUAAAUGGGAAAACUGAGGCCCAGGGCCAGGGGUUUGCCUGAGCUGGUGGCCGAGUGAGCCCAGCCAGACAGGGAGCUGGUCAGCGGUCCUGGCCUCUGUCCCCAAGGGCUGAUUCUCAGCAGGCAAACUUUAGAGUGGCCCUCUCGGGAAACAGGUAGGUUGGUGUCUAGAGUAAGAAGCACGUGACAGUCCCGAGUCUGACAGCUGCAUCCCAGCUCUUAGAGGUCAUCCUUCUCAGAGCAACUCCUGCAGCACCCAGCCCUCUGUUCCUGGGCCUUCCUGGUCCCCUCAUGGCCUUAUGAAAGGGGCUUAUUAUAGUCUGUUCCCAUAAGUGAUAGAGACAUUCAGAGCUCUUUACCAUGGUGCUGCAGACUGAAGUUCCCACAGAGGUGAGUGUGCACAUCCCUCGACCCCUGAGGGGACAGACGGCACCCCGUUCCCAGUUUGUCCUCAAAGCGCUUUGGGGGGGACUGUGCACAAAGAGUCCCAGCUGUGGACAACCCCCCACAACCCUGGGAAAUGCUCCUUGACACACUGGGGUGGCAGCUGAAUGGGACAGGAAUGCAGCGCCCUAAGGCCAGGUGGCCCCAACAUGCUGGUGCCGUGUGGUCACAGCACACGCGUGCCGUGGGGACCCUGGCUUCUCCAGCCUCCUGGACAGCAGUGAGCAGAUGAGAGUACAGCCUUCCUGGGGAUGGGCAAGGUUUUGCUUUUUCUUUUUGUUUUUAAGUAUGGAAAAGCAGCAUAACAUUGUGCCAAGGUCGUGGAAGCUUUAGAAAUUUCUGUACCACCUGUACCUCUACUCACCGUGAACUAUUGUUGGGUCCCACCUGGGGUGCCACUUGUUGGGGCCCAGGACUGGCCAGGUCUCCAGCUCCAGCUAGCUAUGUUCCAGACGCGGACUGUUAUGCUGUCUAGCUCGGGAACAAUUACCAUUAGGUGCCCGAGGGCUAUUUGCUUUAGCAGAAGGGAGAGAGAGAGAGAGACAGAAACAGUCUUUGAGGGAUAGAAACACUUAAUAGGAAAGUAAAUUUUAACAGUCUUCUUAGGCCCCAGGCAGGGGCCAUCUGAGCAGGAGAAGCGAAAGAGUCAGGAUUAGUAGUCCCCUGACUGACCGUUCCUGCAGCUUCCUAGAGACAUGGUCCUGGGGCUCCUGUACCACAGGUGUAGAGACUGCCACUCACUGAUGCUCUCGUCCCGCGAGUUUGUGUUAGGAGGGCCGAAUCCCUCCCCACACCCUGGUCACUAAGGUGUUACAUUACCGAGCUAUUCCCAGUGUUUCCUAUGAUUACAGAAUAUUCCGAGCUCAGCUCUUGCUUCUCCUUGCCAUGAGCUAUGUGGUCUGCUAUAAACUAUUUUCAUUUUUCUUCAACUUGUAAUCUGUGGACAUUCAGGCGUGUGUUCUGUGCCCUAAAUCUGCGUGUCUCACUCUGUUGGUGGCUGUACAGUGCCCGUCAGGCACCGUGCCCACGGGGUAGUGACUACAUAUAUAGUCUGCACAGAAUGACGCUUCCUCCCAUUUCUUCUGCACUUUCCACCGGCUUUCUCCCCUGACUGUUGCUUAGAAGGCAAUUUUAAUUUGUAAAACUUAGUAAAUAUAAGCAUCAGACCUCAUUUCUAGAAGGAGAUGCUACCCUGGAAUGAAGAUCCUGCAGAUGUCCCCUGUGUGUACUCCCAGACCUGCCAGAAGACCUGCAGGGACACUGGCUGUCCACCCGAGAGGAGAGGCUGCUUGCACCUGGCCUGACACCCGCCUCU